AGAGUGAUCAAUAGGGGAAGAUGAUGAACAACUCAAAGGACGGUGUAUCGUGCUCUCUGCGAUGACGACCAUGUAACAGUCUCAAUACUACGGCCUGACACAUAUUGUAAGCAAGACCUGAUUUGCGGUAGGACGCUUUUCAAGGCCAUCAAACCUCUCCAAUCCACAGCCAUCUUCACAAUCAUGGAACCUCGAUUGACCCGGUCCAACCUUCAACUUAUCCGUCGUCGUCGUAACAGUCUUUCCGACCACAGACUGCUGAGGUCCAUGCCGGAGGGACUAUUGCCCCGGAACCCGCCUCGACCUCCGACCUGUCGGAGCAGCGUUGAGCAGCCGGGUCAAGUCGACCCUAGCAGUCAGCCGUUACCUACUCAUCGGGCAAUGCUUCUCAACCGCACCAGCUGGAAGACGCCGAAAUGCGAUGGCGAGUCAGUCAGAAACUACCGGGUUGAAAACCCCCAAGGUUUGGCCAAGUAUAAGAGAUUGUGACUUGGUUGAUGCUGGCGUCAUGCCUUCAACAGCAUAUCACCGAAAAGCAAAAGGACGAGGUCAAUAAAGCAGCCACUACUCGUAUCCCGACGUAGUCCGAUACAAACGGGCCAAUAUGGCAAAGAUCAUUGCAGUCCUCGGUGCAACUGGAACACAGGGCGGAUCCGUUGCUCGCACCUUUCUCGACAUCGAAGGCUGGUCCGUCCGAGGAAUAACCAGGAACCGCAAUUCGGCCGCCUCCCAAACCCUAGCAAACCUCGGAGUCGACCUCGUCGAAGCUGACCUCGACGACGUCUCUUCGUUGGAACGCGCCUUCUCCGGUGCCCACGCCAUCUUCGCCGUCACCGACUUCUGGCAAUUCCCCACCUCCCCUAGGACACACGACCUCGCCAAGGCCGAAAACAUCACCUGGAACGAGGCCUGCUACCGGUUGGAAGUCCAGCAGGGGAUCAACAUCAUUGAUGCGGCGGCGCGAUGUUUUGCCAUGACAGGCACUCCCGAGAGACUGGUCUACAGCUCUCUCAGCGGCGCCAAACGCGCGAGCAAGGGCAAGUACACCUGGGUGUACCACUUCGACAGCAAGGCGCGCGUGGUCGAGUACCUAGCCGAGAAGGCGCAAGAUGGUGAAGGAGCGGAGUACAAAGCCCUGCUCGCGAAGACGAGUUAUCUCCAGUUGGGCAGUUACAUGGACAAUUGGAUGAAGAACCCGCUCGUCAUGCCCCGGAAGCAACCCGACGGCUCAUACACAUGGCUCUGGGUAUCCGGACCGCCUGGGUCCACAACGCCAUUCGUCCAUCCACCCACGGACACAGGCCCGUUCGUCGAGGCCCUCGUGCUCAAGACCCCUCCUCGCACCACGCUGCUGGGCACGUCGUCCGUCAUGCCGUACGCUGAAUUCGUCCGCUUGUGGGGCGACAUCCACGGUGUCAAGGCCAGUCUACAGAGUCUCAGUGUCGAGGACGUGGAUAAGCUGGUUCCGGGAGGACUGGGCCGCGAGGUCGGUGAGACAGCCGCCUAUACGCAGGAGUUUGGAUGGGAUGGUGGGGAAGGGACGCUUCUGCCAGAGCAGGCGGGCGUGGGUGUGAAGCGCUUGACGGAUGUUGAAACGUACAUUAGGACGACGGACUGGAGCGCCGUGUUUGCUCAGUAGCUUACAGACAGGCUAACAGCGAAGCUAUGC